UUUUGAUAUAGGAAACUAGGCAUUGAUAUAUGGUUAGAUACGUGGCAAUACAUGAGUGGAGACAGUAGCUGUGAGACGUGGCAAGAGAAGAUUGGUCGAUGGGAGUGUUAGAGGAAGAAUCGAGAUGCAGAGAUAUAUAGCUAAUGAAGAUCAUUUGCAGAAGAUAAGAAGAUUUUGGAUUUGUUGUUUAUAGUUUCCUUUUGGAUUCUCUCUGAGAAUCGUUCCUCAUCGUUCGCCGGAGUUUCAUGUUGAACUCUUGUAGAUGAGAAGUUGAUAUCGCGUUUCAUGAACGUUGUAUCAAUCUGUCAUUUUCAUUAAUCGAAGCAUUCUAUUUCGUUACUCUGUUUUCCGUUAUCACAAUCAUCCUCUUCCUCUAAAUUCUCUUCUUCUCUUUGCUGCUACAGAAAAAGAAUCAAGCUUUAGAGGCAAGCAAGGACUCACUCACCCACAAGUAUCCUCACCCCAUCUACUCAUGGACACAGCAUUGACCUCAGAAUCAGGCUGUGCCGUUAUAGCCGAUAAGGGAUUCAAUGUGGAUCCUUUUUUGGUCGAGGCUCUUCAAAACCCUCGACAUCGUCUAACGAUUUUGCGGAUGGAACUUGAUGUUCAGAGGUUCUUGCAGAGCCCUGAUCAGCAGCAAUUCGAGUUCCAGCAUUUCCCUACAUCAUACCUCCGUUUUGCGGCUCAUCGUGUUGCUAAUCACUAUGGACUAAUUACAUCAGUUCGAGAUGGUGGUGCAGAUGGUAAUGAGAGCAGAAUUGUCGUGACUAAAUCUAGUGAUAGCAGAUUUCCUGCUGCUCGACUAUCUGAAAUCCCUGUGAAACAGUCAGAAACUGGCAAGUUUGAGCAUAUGAAAGUUGUUAUAAAGCCAAGACCUACUAAAGGAUCUGGAAUGGAAGGUGAUGAACUGAAAGGUGGUCUUCUGAAAAGUGUUGAAGAGAGGAAAGAAGAUUACGACAGGGCUCGAGCACGCAUAUUUAACGGUCUUGUGAACAUUGAUUGUAACGAUUCUUCAUCUGAAACUAAUCCUUGGAGGGUGAAUUGUAGUUCUAGCAGAGAUGAAAAUCAAGUGUUGAAGAAUGGUAAUAUCGAAGCAGACAAGAACAAUAUCUCUAGGAAGAGCAAUCCUGCAUCUCGUAUUGCAAUUCUCAGAGACAGAGAGAAAGAUCGAUAUGACCCUGACUAUGACCGCAGCAAUUACAGGUACAUUAGUAACCUCCCAGUCGAUCAAAAUUUAUGCGUGGCACACUUCAACAUUCAGACAAUGGGGACACCAAUCUAUGAUAUGGGAUUUAGAGGGUAUAGUCCAACUGCUCCUCCAUCUCUUAACUUGGGUCAACAUUCUGUCAUGAGCCCCUGCGUCACCACAGGUUUAAACCAGCCUUCAAGAGAUGCUGCUAUGUACAUGCAAUGGCCAAAUGCAGCAGCUGUGAUGUAUACUCAUUCAUAUGACCACUUCAGAAACUCCCCUUUUCAGGCGCAGUUCUAUCCGCAGCCCCUUAGUUUCGAUUACAUGCAGAACCGGUAAUUACUUUUCUCAUCAUGGCUAAGGAUUUGUGUAAUCCAGAUUUUGAGACAGUUUGAUGUCAAAAAUAGACAAACUUAACCUUUUGA